AUGGACGAGCCAACCGCUGACCAAGAUGCGGUGCCCGCCGCUACCCUACAAGAAGCAAGCGGUGGUCUGGACGAUGAUGGCACGCUUCAUGCACAAGACCCUUUGCCCCAGAAGUUCUCAUUUGAUGGUCCUACCGACGAAUAUCCCAGAGCACCCCAUGUGGAAACUGGCAGCGUGCCAAAGACUGAUGCCUACCGUCGCUACCCCAGAAUCUCUCGGCCAGUCGAGCUCAUGCGUGAGUCUUACGAUGUCGUCGUCAUCGGCACAGGCUACGGUAGUUCCGUAGCCGCCAGUCGUAUGGCCCGUGGCCGCCAAAACGUCUGCGUCUUAGAGCGUGGCAAGGAACGGUGGCCAGGAGAGUUCCCGGAGACGUUCCUCGACGCUAUCGGCGAAGUCCGCCUCAGCGGUGAGUUUGCCCCGAGUGACCGGGGGGGUAUGCCAAAAACCCUCGUCGGGUCUGGGAAUCCCUCUGGCCUGUACCAUUUCGCCUUGGGGAAAGGUCAGAAUGUCUGCAUGGCCAACGGCCUCGGCGGGACAAGUCUCAUCAAUGCCAAUGUCUAUCUGGAGGCGGCACCCGCUGUCUUGGACAUGCCUAUGUGGCCUACCGAGUUGAGAGGCAUCGAGGCUUGGAGAAAAUACUACGAUCGGGCCGGUGACGUUCUCGAGCCGGUGGAGUACCCUACGACGUUCCCGGAGCUUCGCAAGCUCAGGCUAUUCGAGAGGCAAGCCGCGCUUGUCGGGCAUGAAGACAAGUUCUACCGAGUGAAGCAAACGACCCGCUUUCACGAUGGUCCCAACAGCACUGGUGUCUCCAUGAGGGCAUCGACCUUGUCAGGAAUGGAUGCCACCGGUAUCAAUGACGGGAGUAAGUCGACAACUCUUGUGAACUACCUGAGCGAUGCCUGGAACUGGGGUGCCGAGAUGUUUUGUGGCUGCGAAGUUCGCUAUGUGACCGAAGCUCCUGGUCGGGAAGGAUACAUUGUCCAUUUCGCAUGGUACGGCGGUAAUCGAAAACAAUUCCCCAGCUUCUAUGACGAUUUGAUGUGGGUUCAUGCCAAGGAGCUUGUUUUCUUCGGCGCGGGCAGUAUCGGAACAACCGAGAUCCUGCUUCGGAGCAAGCAAGUCGGACUGGACAUCAGUGACGAGGUGGGAACAGAGAUGAGCGGCAAUGGUGAUAUGAUUGGAUUCGGGUACAACACCGACUACGAAGCAAACUGCGUGGCGCGUCGUGUCAGCAAGAACUCGCCCAACCCAGUUGGCCCGUGCAUUACGUCGGUCCUCGAUAUGCGCGAUACCGAAAACCCAUUCGAAGGGUUUGUAGUGGAGGAUGCGUCAGUUCCUUAUGCCCUCAGGUUCCUGCUUUCUCCCACCUUUGAGGCCUUGCCGGACCCCACGCAGCCCGUCUACAGUUUUGUCAGAGCAGCUCAGAAGUUUGCCUCCAGGGUCUCUGGUCUGAUUCUUGGGCCGUACUUUUCGCAAGGGAGCAUCGCCAAAACGGCUAUUUACCUCGUCAUGUCCCACGACAGUAGCCAAGGACGCCUCAUUCUCAAGAGCGACCAGCCUGUUCUUACAUACUCUGGUGUCGGACGAUCGGCAUCUGUUAGGCGCAUCCACGAGUUCCUGGAAAGGCUGACUGCUGUGGUUGGCGGUAAUUUCAUUGCUAACCCGCUAUGGACCUCUCUGGGCUCUCAAGAGAUCACCGUUCACCCAAUCGGUGGUGCCCGCAUCAGUCCUGAUGGCACGGGACGAGGCGGGGUGGUGAACCACAUCGGUGAGCUUUUUAUCGGUAGUGGGGAGGAGACACACUCAGGCUUGGUGGUUUGCGACGGAUCCAUGGUUCCGGCUGCCUUGGGUGUCAAUCCCUUUGCUACCAUAGCAGCCCUUGCCGAACGCUCAGCUGAGCUGGUCGCGGAGAAGAACGGCAUCGCCAUAGACUAUGCUACGCCCAACGGCAUAUUGGACCUAUAUAAGCAACCUGCGUAUACGGUUCCCAGAGAUGCCGCCAGUGAUGCUCUCGCAGUCAAGAUCGCCGCAUGUGCGGAAAGCAAGAGUGCUGGGAUCUCCUUCUCUGAGAUUAUGACUGGGUUUAUCCAUAUCGGACCGGACCUUGGAGACUUUGGGGCAGCUACUCAACUUGCACGUCGCCAAGAAGAGUCUGCACGCGUUGUCCUCACUAUCCGGUCUUGGGAUACGCUGAACCUCAUCAACAGUCAUCUUCACCAAGCCAACAUUACAGGCACGUUUACUUCAGCCUCCCUUGGCGCAACAUUCCUGGUCCAUCGGGGGACAUUUCAGCUGUUCAGCCAGGAUCCACGCCAGCCGGAGACGACAAAUCUACUGUACAGCUUCGACAUGGUGUCUCCGAGCGGCCGAAAGAUGCAUUUUGAUGGUUACAAGGCAGUCAAUUCAGGAAGCUUCCUGAACCCGCUCCAAAUAUGGCGGCAGACGACCACCAUGUAUGUCACCCUGACUAAGGAUGGGAAGCAGGUGGUUGGUCGAGGUACCAUGUACUUGUCCGUGCCAGACUUUUUCAAGGAGAUGCAGACAUUGGUAGCAGAUGGCCCUUCAACAUGGUCAAGAAUCGGCUCGCUGCUCAGGUUCUUCACUUACUUUUCCAAGAGACUGAAGGAUCCCUUUCUGUCAACACUGGGCCGUACGCAAUGGCCAGAUGACGAUGUCAACGCAUCGUACAGGGUCACGACGCCUGCAGAUGUGGUAAGCCUGGUUGCAACCGAUGGUGUACCGACAACCAUGGCUGUGUGGAAUCCUCUCCUGGGAGGGAAGGAGGUGCAGGAAGCCGCGCCCCAGAUUCUCUUUGUACCUGGGGCAGCAGUCGACCACAACAUAUACUGUCUUCCUACGAUUGAGAAGAAUGCAAUCAACUUCUUCCGCGAAGCCGGCUACCGAGUGUACUGCAUCACACACCGAGUCGGCCGUACGCCAGUAGCGAAGAAUGGAUACACGCCGUUCGACGUGCGUCUGGACAUCUUGGCUGCGUUGACGUAUAUCCGCAAGGCGGGGAAUGCCUGCUCCUCGGGAGAGGCGCGGAAGAUUUAUGUCGUCGCACACUGCGUGGGAUCCCUUGGCCUGGCGUGUGGACUUCUGGAUGGCACGAUCCCGGGGCUCUGGAUACGAGGUGUCACGUCGUCGGCCGUCUUCAUGAACCCGAGAUUUGGCAAGAUGAAUCAUCUGAUGUCUCUGAUUCCGGAUUGUCUUUCUCAAAUCCUGCUCAGGCCAUGGUGGGAUUGUACGAGCAGCCCAAACGACACGACUAUACAAAGGAUCGCGAACCAGGUUCUCCGGUUCUACCCAGUGGCCAGGGCCCGCGAAACUUGCCGGUCAAAUGUCUGUCACCGGUCGGACCUUGUUUACGGACACCUCUGGAUCCACGCGAACAUUAAUGAGGAGACACACAGACACCUGGAUCUCAUCAUGGGAGGGACGACACUGGAUACGAUUGCCUGGCUCGCUAAGGCAGGUCAUGCCGAGCAGGUCCAGACCAACGCGCCAGACUCUACCAACCUCGUGACGCCUAAUAAUCUGCGGCGACUGGCGGGGAUUCCCAUGCUGUUUGUGGCGGGAUCCAAGAACACUGUUUUCCUCCCCGAAAAUACCGACACGACUUACACGAUGCUCUGCAGUGUCCAUGGAAAACAAUGGUAUCAACGCGAGAUAUUCAAUGGAAGGGGUCAUCUCGACGUUUGGAUGGGGGCUACGUCGUAUAUAGAUGUGUAUCCGAGGGUACUGCAACAUGUCGAGUCGAUGGCGAAGGAUGAGUGCUGA